CGACCUGGCUGGUACAAAAUUUAUCACAGGCUUUCUACACAAUGUGGGGCCGGAAAGAUCUAUUUUGUACAUAAUGGCAUCGGAGGUUGAUAAUGUCACGGUGACCAUACCAUUUUUGUCCUACAAAGAAUCAUUGUUAAUACAGGGUGCAUAUAAAUGGAAGUUUGAAGAUACGACCCUCGUUAUGGCUGAAGAGCACUCGAGAAAAGGCGUGCACAUAACUUCAGACACGCCAAUUUCGGUUAUUGCUGUAAAUAGCCGGGGACUGUCCUAUACAACCGCCGACGGUACUAUAGUGUAUCCAGUAAAUUGUUUAUCCUCUGAAUAUCUAGUUGAGGAACAGAGCCAUCGAACUUACAAGACCAGUCAGUACGCCAUAAUUGGCACACAAAACACAACUAUCAACGUCACAAUCACCAACAAAAGAGGGAGGGUAUUUUACAAGUUGGGUUAUUUAGAGUCCUACUUUUUACAGGAAAAGGAUCUUAGAGGGACAUCUAUAUCAGCUACUGACAAUGUUGUCAUGAUUUCUGGCUCAGAAUGCGGUUAUGUUCCAUCCGGAAUGACAGCCUCUUGUGAUCAUCUUGUUAAUCAAGUCCCGCCCAGAUCAAUGUUUGGCCACGCCUACAUUGUUGCCCAACAUAAUCCAAGGAAAGGGUUCUCAUACCGAAUUAAAGCCGCUAAGGACAAUAUUGUGUUAACUGUUCGAAAUGCAAAUGGUGAACUGGUAGCAAAUGAAACACUUGAUGUUUUAACUGAAUUUUUCAAAAUGGAACUAGAUUCACAACCACUUUCUAUCGCAGCAAAUAAAGGCGUCAUUGUCACUCAAUACGCCCUUGACGUUGUAAGCGAUGACCUUGGUCUAGGUGAUCCAUCAAUGGUUUCUGCGCUGAAUUCAUUCGCCUCUGGCUACAGCUUUGUUAUUCCGGACUACUUUAUGAGAGUUGGGGUCACAAUCUACAUCAGCGUGUGUCAUGACCCAUACGGACUAUUUCUGGAUGGGAAAGAAAUUUCUAAUAUGUUAGUGACACUGGUUACAAUUCCGCAUUACGGAGAUUAUAACGUCAUUAAUAUUGACUUGGAAUCUAAAUGGACGACAUACGGCUCAGCGUCAUUAAGUCAUACUGAAAGAGAUGUCACUUUUGGCGCGAUAAUGUACGGUAUUCGAGUAGAAGGCGCUUUUGCAUGGCGAAUAGGAGGUAAACUGUAGAUCAUUUUGAUCAUCUACUUAAUUUUGUGAGCGGAAUAUCGUAAUUUUGAUAUUUAAGGCCAUUUCUAAACAGUAUCUUGCGCCCAAAAAUAUUGAAAAGUUAUCUGGUUCUUUUUUUGUAAUAUCGGGCUAAAUUUCAUGAUAAAUUCUAGUAACGGAAUGUUCUAAUACAAUAUUAAAAGCCAUUUCUAAACAGUAAUUUGCGCCCAAAAAUAAUGAAAAGUUAUUUUUUAUGACAAAAAAUACAUAUAUGUAAUAAACAUAUUUAAAUGAAAUCAUACCGUGUUAUGACGGUGAAAUAUGUGAAUAUAAUCUGGCAAUACCACAUGACUGAUCUUUUGUCGUCUGCAAAAAUACAAGAUGUACUCAAAUGAACGCAAAUCAGCUCCGACGUACCGUAAACUUAUGUAUUUCUUAAAACAAGAACGUUCCAGUUUGAUGAAAUCAAAGCGUAAAGGGGUUUAUUAAGGACACAUUAUGCCCCAGAAAUGAUUUUUUUAUUCUGUAGAAAGGAAAACAUGAGUUUUAUAACGUUUAUAUGACGCGUUUAGAGCAAUUAAGAUGUUUACCAGCUAGAAAAUGUAACGCUCACGUGAAAUAAUGUGUCAUAAAGUAGCAAAAUGUAAACAAAGUAGUAUUUUGACUACAUACAAAACACUAAGUCAUGCUAUUUUCACUUAUUGUCAAAAAACAACAAGCAAAUGAUGGUUUAGGUAAUUGGUCAAAUUUUAUCAUAUUGUGAAAAAGGAGAAUAAAGUUUAAAACCUACUCAAUUAUCGAAUGUCUUCUCUUUAUUUUUCGUUGGAAGUUUGCUGAUGUACAAAAAACACGAUGAAUUUAAUUAUAUGUAACAGUAGUUGUAUUAAAAUUUAACUUGAACACAAGGCCAUCAGGAAAUUGAAUUGAAAAUGGGCAUCUGACGAUAUGAUUGGAUGAGUCGUGGUGACGUUUAUGGUUAUUUUUAACGGAGUGAUUUCAUAUGUCUGCACUAUUUGGCGUCCGCGCCGAAGCGCGGCGCCCUUAUGGAAUGAAAUCAGAUUUUGUGAAAGGGCGACAGCAACUUCUCGAGCCUUUUAGUCGGUCAUAAUAAAAGCCGAUCAUUCCGAUCGGUAUGAGAGUGCUUGAUUAUUAAUUAAGAAUGAAAUGUCGCGAUAUGUUACAAUGAAUAGCAAACUGGAGAAUUUCGCAAUGCAAACAUUUUCAAAUGAAAUAACCUUUUCCGUCAAUAAAUCGCGCUCUUCGGGGUUUUUUAUUUAUCAUUUUGUAGUACACAGUGGGUUA